CAGAAGGCUGAUCAAGUGUAUUAAAUACACGCCACCGGCAUGCAAAUCCGGGACGGAGGGGACAAAGUCUGGCUGUUAACAAGUAGCGCAGGGAAGACAUCAAAACUGUGUACUCCGGACCAAGCAGAAAGGAUGAGUAACAAAAGCCUGACUGGAAUUCUUUAUUUAUGUGGCUUGUGGAUUUUAUGCCACACCAUAAAGACGGAGGCAAGAGAGUGAGAGAAAGUGCAUGUUUUAUUGCAAGAGUGAAGAGUGAAGUUCCGCCCCCUCAUCCAUUACACAUUAUUCAUAAAGGAAGACUCCUCCAAGCGCAGAUAAUGCACGUGGUGUCAAAUAUAGUGUAUAUAUACGCUGGCACCCGUGCCCCGCUGUCAAUCUGUGUGUGGAUUUGCCUGAAGCAGAUGGUCUAAAAUGACGUUCUCAGGAUGGAUUCUGGCUUUGUGUCUAGUGGCUCUUGAAGGACAAAGGUAUGCAGCAGAAGCUGAAGGCACGGAGAGAAACUGCACCCUAGUACCACCGUAUUUGCCCCCAACAGCAGUUAACACGACUCAGAGGCUUCAUGACCUAAGAGCAGUCAUGAAACCAUACAACAUCUCUGCCUACAUCAUACCCGGGACAGACGCCCACCUGAGUGAGUACAUUGCUCCACGAGAUGCCAGGUUGAACUGGAUGUCCGGGUUCAGUGGUUCCGCAGGCACAGCUGUCAUUACCCAAGAUAAAGCAGUCUUAUUUACUGAUAGUCGCUACUGGGUUCAAGCGGAGCGCCAGAUGGACUGCAACUGGGAACUGGAAAAAGAAGUUUAUGUCCCCAGCAUCACCAAGUGGCUCAUAAAGGAGGUCAAGGAGGGCGAUCACGUUGGCUUGGAUCCAUUUCUCUUUUCUGUAGACACAUUUGCUAGCUACAACAAUUACCUGGCUCCAGCGAAACGGAUCCUAGAAUCUAUACCUGAUAACCUGGUGGAUAAAACGUGGACAGAGCGUCCGUCUCUUCAUCCUGAUAACCUCACACGAUUGCCAGAUGACUUCAUCGAAAGAACCUGGCAAAUGAAGGUGGACCAGAUACGUGAUCAGAUGAUGGACAAUCCGUACAAACCUUCUGCUGUCCUGCUCUCAGCUCUGGAUGAAACAGCAUGGCUUUUUAACAUGCGUGGUAAUGAUAUUCCCUUCAACCCCUUCUUCUACUCCUACACGCUGCUGACAUUAGAUAAGAUAUGGCUUUUUGUUCACACUGAGAGAGUAACUGAGGAGCUGAAGGUGUACCUCAGCUCAUCUUGUGAAGCAUCUCACUGCAUGCAGCUCUUUGAGUAUGACUUAGUCCAGGAGCAGCUAAAAAACUACUUGAAGGAGUCUAAUGUGAAAGUGUGGGUGGGCACGGAGUACACUAAUCAGGCCCUGUAUGAGCUCAUCACUCCAGAGGAUAAACUGCUGCAAAGCACCUACUCUCCAGUGCUGACCACUAAAGCAGUGAAGGACACAACCGAGCAGACAAUCCUUCGAGCGGCUCAUAUAAGAGACGCAGUGGCAGUGAUGCAGCUUCUUUAUCAGCUUGAAAAAACUGUUCAUGAGGGCAAGCAGACGGAGAUUACUGCAGCCGAAUUUGUCGACGAGUGUCGAAGCAAGCAACAAUACAGCAGGGGACCAAGCUUUGAGACCAUCUCUGCAAGUGGGCCCAAUGCUGCCCUUGCCCAUUACAGUCCGUCUAAUGAAACUGCAAGAAAGCUGACUGUGAAUGAGAUGUAUCUCGUCGACUCAGGAGGACAGUACCUGGAUGGUACGACUGAUAUCACUCGGACCGUGCACUGGGGGACACCUACUGAUUUUCAGAAGGAGGCAUACACAAGAGUGCUCAUGGGAAACAUUGAGAUUUCAAGAACCAUCUUUCCAUCAGGGACAAGAGGCGUCAACAUUGAGAUGCUUGGACGCAGAGCCUUGUGGGAAGUUGGUCUUAAUUAUGGACAUGGCACCGGUCAUGGUGUGGGGAACUAUUUUGGAGUUCAUGAAUGGCCUGUUGGUUUCCAGACCAACAAUGUUCCAUUUCUGCAAGGCAUGUUCACAUCCAUCGAACCUGGUUAUUACAAAGAGAAUGAAUUUGGCAUAAGGAUUGAGGAUGUUGCUGUUAUUGUGCCAGCUAACACAGGGUAUGGCAAUAAUUAUCUAACAUUCGACACUGUGUCACUGGUUCCAUAUGACAGGAAGCUAAUUGACACCUCUAUUAUGAGCCCUGAACAGCUUCAGUGGCUGGACACUUAUUACCAGACUAUUCGGAAGACGAUGGGGCCGGAACUGAAGAAUCAAGACCUGGUUCAGGAGUAUGAUUGGAUGAUGAAGAACACAGAGCCGUUCCAGAGGGCUGGGGCUUCCGCUACUGUUCCAUCCGUCUCCAUGCUGCUGCUGCUCCUACCCAUAGCAUUACUGUAGAACUACUGGGACCAAAUCACACACAGUAACCAAAUCACUACAGCUAUCUAUCUGCAUUAAAGUGAUGAAGCUGAAGCAGUUUCCAGGGCUCUAUUGCUUGCUUGCUUAAUAUAUACAUACACUAUAUGGCCAGAAGUAUUUGGACAUGACCAUAAACUUGUUGGACAUCCCAAAAUAGACUGACCGUUAUCUAAUUGUUUCAGCUAUAACAACAGCCACUCUUUUGAGAAUUCUUCUAACAAGACAUGUGUCUGUGGGAAUUUGUGCCCAUUCAGUCAAAAGAGCAUUUGUAUGACUGUGCACUAAUGCAGGUCAAGGAAGCCUCAAUUGAUGCUCCAGUUCAUUCCAAACCUGUUCAGUGGGGCUGAUGCCAAAGUUCUGUAAAGAUGGUGUUUCUUUAAACCAAGUUUUCUUCAUGUAUUUAAAGAUCUUGCUUUGUACACAGGGGCACAAUCAUUCUGCAACAGGAAAGCUAUUUCCCUAAACUGCUGUAGCAAAGUUGGAAGCAUGUAGUUUCCUUUGUAUAAUUGAUUUAUCGUACCAUUUAGCAAUUGUUUGGCUGAAACACAUAAAUUCAGUUAAAAGGAGUGUCCCAAUACUUUUGUCUAUCUAGUGUACUUGAGCUCCUUCAAGUUAAUUGUCAAAGAAAUUCUGCACUGUCAUACUGAAUAAAAUAAUUUACUACUGAUUAUUUUUAAUCAUUUUAAUCCUUUAUAAAUCCAAAAAAUAUUUACAGUGCCUUUAUUUUGGUUGUUAUUAACAUGUUUGCUGUUUAUAUGAAACUGUUUAAUUUUAGUUUACCAUGUUUGUUAUUUGUGGACAGAGCGGUGAAUGUACAAACCGUCACUACCUUAAUUUAUUAAACUAUAUAAAGAAUAUCUAAAAGCUA